UUCUUACUCAAGUUCGUUCCCUAAACCCUAAGUUUGCGACAAAAUUGAAGCUUUGUUGAGUUUUAUGCAUAAAUUAGGGCGCCAAAUUGCAAGAACCGCUGGAUCGAGACGAAGGAUUUCAUUUCCAAAAGCGUAAAGGAUUUCAUCUUCUCGAUCAAUUUCAACUUGGCUUCUGUGAAUAAUCUAGAGCCUCUUAAUCAUUUCAUACCAAAUCAUUCAACAUCUACCAAACAACCCCGAAUGGAAUGAGACUUGGAAGUUGUAGUAGUUGAAGAAGAAUGGAAGAGGUAGGUCACAGGGUAAGAGAAUUGAUACAAAAGGAAGUGCACGAUUGGGAUUCGGAGGUGAUGGUGAGUGCGAGAUUCAAAGCUUUCAGUGGUCAGAGGUCUGAUUGGGAAUCACGGUACUACUUCUGGAGAGAUUUGAUCAUCAAGAUUGCUCGACAUCUUCACAUCUUCAUUAUUCGUCCUUCAGUGGUUAAAAAUGUCUGGUUCAACCACGGAGGCUUGACCCCUUUAUGCCUUGACCAUGUAUUGCUUCAAAUGUAUAAUGACGGGGACCUUUCAUGUAGCAGCGAUCUUAUCGAUCCAAAAAGUGGCCAACUCACCCAGAUAUUCCACAAAGUAAGACAUUUGCUGCCCUUGCCUAAAUCACCAAUUCCAUCUGAAGACGAGUUUAUCGUUUCUACGCUCUUAGAGGAGAAAUCUAUGGAAGUUAUCAAACUUUUACGUGACGAUCACUGGACUUGUUCGUGCAUUGUCACGAUGAGCAAGUUCCAAGUGAUUUGUGGAGGGCCAAAAGAAGCAUCAGUGAUCUUGAGCCAUUUGUCUAAAUGUGGGAAAGCAAAGUACCUUGCCAUCAGACGGAAGGAUCUUAUAGAGGGUGUCAAAUUCUCUCUUUCUCUCCAGACGGUCUCUGGUAUUACAAGUCCAGAUUAUGAUGUUCUGCACUUGAUUUGGACAGCAGAGAAGCUCCAGCUACAACUUGAUAUGAUCGAUCAACGUCGGGAAAAGUCGAAAAUGUUGGCUUUGGCUUCUCUAAAAUCUGGGAACAAAAUUAGUGCGUUGAGACAAGCAACAGAAAUGAAGUUGGCCUCUGAAAGCAGAGAAAAAUGUAAUUUGCUUCUAAUGCGAGUGGAGGAAGUCCUUAGAGCCAUAGCAGAUGCUCAAGAUUCAAAACAGGUUUUUGAAGCCAUUCAAAGUGGCAGUAAAACAAUAAAGGAUAGGCAAAUCACCAUAGAAGAAGUUGAACUCUGCUUGGAUGAACUUGAUGAGACUAUCAAUUCACAGAAGCAAGUAGAAAAACUCUUAGGGUCAGUUUGGUCAUAUGAAGAAUUUGAUGAAGAUCUUGAAGAUGAGUUGGAUAAACUAAUGUUGGAAGAAAGUGGAAAGUCUGAAUCAGAUGGUGGCACAAGGGAACAGGAAUCACUGAGUAAGAGCCUUUCAGAUCUUAAGCUUUCAGAUAAUAAUAAUAAUAAUGUAGUAGUGACCAGGGGUGUUCAAAAACCCGACCCACCCAACCCAAUUCAAAGCAAAAAAAAAAACAACCCGAAGCAGCCUGAUGUCUAAUUGAGUUGUAAAAUCUUCAAAUCUUAGGUAUUGGGUUGGAAUUGGGUCACGGUCAUUUGAACCCAAUAUCUUUUUAUUUCUUGGAUUUAAUAUGAUUGUUGAGUCUCUAUUAACAUGUAGACAAUUGCAUGGGUGCAUACCCUGUUCAUAUACAUAUAUUUUCAAUCUUUUUUC